UUGGGGCUGACGCACGUGGGAGGGUUCAGGAGGAGCUUGCCGCCGCCGCCGCUCUUGUCUCUUCUGCUAGGCCGCCGUGCGGCUUCCCGGCGUCCCGAAUCCCUCACCCCCAAACCGGAGGACAGCGCUCCCUCAGCCGCCGUCGCCUUUCGGCGUUCCCAUGAUAGCCCAGUGCUUUUCGGCUGUGCGAAGCCUCCACAGAAUUGGUGGUUCCAGGAUUUUAUUCAGAAUGACUUUAGGAAAAGAAAUGAUGUCUCCUCUUCAGGCAAUGUCUUCCUAUACUGCAGCUGGCAGAAAUGUUUUAAGAUGGGAUCUUUCACCAGAGCAAAUUAAAACAAGAACUGAGGAGCUCAUUGCACAGACCAAACAGGUGUACGAUAAUAUUGCGAUGCUUGACAUUGAGGAAGUAACUUACGCGAACUGUUUGCAGGCACUGGCAGAUGUAGAAGUGAAGUAUAUAGUGGAACGAACCAUGCUAGACUUUCCCCAGCACGUCUCCUCUGACAAAGAAGUACGAGCAGCAAGUACAGAAGCAGACAAAAGACUUUCUCGUUUUGAUAUCGAGAUGAGCAUGAGAGAAGAUAUCUUUCUGAGAAUUGUUCAUUUAAAGGAAACGUGUGAUCUGGGAAAGAUAAAGCCUGAAGCCAGACGAUACUUGGAAAAAUCAGUGAAAAUGGGGAAAAGGAAUGGGCUCCAUCUUCCAGAACAAGUACAAAAUGAAAUUAAAGCAAUGAAGAAAAGAAUGAGUGAGCUAUGUAUUGACUUUAACAAAAACCUCAAUGAGGAUGAUACCUUCCUUGAAUUUUCCAAGGCUGAACUUGGUGCUCUUCCUGAUGAUUUCAUUGACAGUUUGGAAAAGACAGAUGAUGACAAGUAUAAAAUUACCUUAAAAUAUCCACACUACUUUCCUGUCAUGAAGAAAUGUUGUAUCCCUGAAACCAGAAGGAAGAUGGAAAUGGCUUUUAAUACAAGAUGCAAAGAGGAAAACACCAUAAUCCUGCAUCAGCUCCUCCCACUGCGGACGAAAGUAGCCAAACUGCUCGGCUAUAGCACACAUGCUGACUUUGUCCUUGAAAUGAACACUGCGAAGAGUACAGGCCACGUAACAGCCUUUCUAGAUGAUUUAAGCCAGAAAUUAAAACCCUUGGGUGAAGCAGAACGAGAGUUUAUUUUGAAUUUGAAGAAAAAGGAAUGUGAAGAGAGAGGUCUUGAAUACGAUGGGAAAAUCAAUGCCUGGGAUCUAUAUUACUACAUGACUCAGACAGAAGAACUCAAGUACUCUGUAGACCAAGAGAUCCUCAAGGAAUACUUCCCAAUUGAAGUGGUCACUGAAGGCUUACUGAACAUCUACCAGGAGCUGUUGGGACUUUCAUUUGAGCAAGUGACAGAUGCUCAUGUUUGGCAUAAGAGUGUUACACUUUACACUGUGAAAGAUAAAGCUACGGGAGAAGUAUUAGGACAGUUCUACCUGGACCUCUAUCCAAGGGAAGGAAAAUAUAACCACGCAGCCUGCUUUGGUCUCCAGCCUGGCUGCCUCCUGCCUGAUGGGAGCCGCAUAAUAUCUGUGGCUGCCCUCGUGGUGAACUUCUCACAGCCACUAGCAGGUCGUCCCUCUCUCCUGAGACACGAUGAGGUGAGGACUUACUUCCAUGAAUUUGGUCACGUCAUGCAUCAGAUUUGUGCACAGACCGACUUUGCACGAUUUAGUGGAACAAAUGUGGAAACUGACUUCGUAGAGGUGCCAUCACAAAUGCUUGAAAAUUGGGUGUGGGACGCUGAUUCCCUCCGAAGACUGUCAAAACAUUAUAAAGAUGGAAGCCCUAUUACAGAUGAUCUGCUUGAAAAACUUGUUGCUUCUAGACUGGUCAACACAGGUCUCCUGACCUUACGCCAGAUUGUUUUGAGCAAAGUUGAUCAGUCUCUCCAUACGAACACUUCGCUGGAUGCUGCAAGUGAAUAUGCCAAAUACUGCACAGAAAUUUUAGGUGUUGCAGCUACUCCAGGCACAAAUAUGCCAGCAACUUUUGGACAUUUGGCAGGGGGAUAUGAUGGCCAAUAUUACGGAUAUCUUUGGAGUGAAGUAUUUUCCAUGGACAUGUUUUACAGCUGUUUUAAAAAAGAAGGGAUAAUGAAUCCAGAGGUUGGAAUGAAAUACAGAAACCUAAUCCUGAAACCUGGGGGAUCUAUGGACGGCAUGGACAUGCUCCAGAAUUUCUUGAAACGAGAGCCAAACCAAAAAGCGUUCCUAAUGAGUAGAGGCCUGCAUGCUCCGUAAACUGGGGAUCUUUGGGAGCAGUCCAUGUCUGGAGGACAAGCUGACAUCAUCUUGUAUUACUGGCCUGGAAACUGAAGGGAGUUUUGCAAAUGAAAAUGUAGAUUUCUAUUGACUUCCUUUUGUUUUUUGAUUUCAAAAAUUAUACAGAUGUAAAUGGAAUUAUAAAUACGGUGACCUAAGAAAAAGACCCAUUAGAAAAUAAUUGUACUAUAAAAUUUCAUAAAAAUGGAUUUGGUUUCGUUUUAUAAAAGUUUCAUAUGAAUGUAAUUUGAUUUUUUUACUGUUGUAAUCUAGAUUACUAUUAUAAUUAAGAAUUUUUAAAUUGAAUCAUAUACAUUAUAUACUUUGAUCCUUCUUAUAUCUUGAAGUUUUGUACUUGGGAUUUCUGAACUGAUAAAUGAAUCACCACGUUCCUCUGUUAAAUAUUGCCUCAGAGCCUUGCAUCCACUUUGACUCUGUCUCCCAGUAAAGUGUGACUCACCUCUUUGCCUGCGUAUCUCAGGGCCAGGGGAAUAUGCCUCAGUAAUGCAUUUAUCUGUAUUUCAGGCCUCAUGAUUUCUAACUUUCUGCCACUCUUGAAUAAUGUUGCUCCAGUUGGUUUAGUCUUUUCUGUCUAACGUCCAGUCAGAGAACACCAGAAAAUUAUGAGUUUUAGCUGAAAUUACUUAAUGCAUAUUGCAGGUUUUAAUAUCUUGUGUUAGAGAAUUUUGGAUCUUGGAUUAGAGGUUCAUUUCCACUUCAGCGUACAAGAGUGUCAGCCUUUCUGCAUAUUUGCCAAUUAGAACACUAAAGCAAGUCCAAGGACAUUUUUCUCUUCUCAUGUUUCUAAUAAGUGGUAGGGACUUUGCCUCCUUUACUGUACCCCUCACCCGAAGUGGCAGGUAGACAUGUCACAAGGUCUAUCCCGAGUGCCACAGGAAGAAAGCUGAAGCUGAUAUGGAGCAUAAAGGGUCCAGAAACUCCAGGAGAGGAGUGGGUUCUGCACAGAAGUGUUUGAGGACGGCUGCCCCAAGUGUUAUGUGCGCUUCAGCUCUGCCAUGGCAAGGAGGCUCUUCCAUGGCUUAUUUUGUCUGGUGAUUGUAAGUGAACCUUUGGAUCACUUUAAUUCUCUUUACCGUGGGCCUAAAUUCCAAUUCUUCAGCAGACCAGGAAACUCACGUACUUGUUUUUCCUCUAGGAGUCUACUCAAUGAAGAAACCAAAACAGGAUAAUUUUUUUUUUAAUUAAAAAAAACUAAUUUUGAAUGUAUGCAUUCUUCACAGGACUUCUAAUUGUUGUCCAGUGUGUACCUGAGGUAUGACUUUGCUGGCCAGGAACAAAAUUAGAACCUUUCCGUUCUCUAGUCCAAAUGGACUUUGUGCUAAAUAAAAAAAAAAAAUAUUAUGCUGCAUAGUCAAACUGUAGACAGCAGGAAAAAUCAAGAGCUAUAGAGACACAGAAGAAAAUUCAGAUUAUUAUUGUCAAGCAAAUACCCUUAACAUCAAGGAAAUCCCACCCUCCCUUCUGAGACAAUUGCCUGGCCCUCUCUCCCUGACAUUUGUUCAGCAUCACCACCUCAGGUCCGUGAAGCUGGGUUUUUUUUUUUUUUGGGGGGGGGGGGUUGGUCUGAGCAAUGUAUGAUACUUUUCUCACAUUUGUUUUUUUCCGGACUGUUCUGUCUUCCAGUUUCAGGCAAAAACUCUCUUCAGCUUUUUUCUAUCGCCCAAUGCAUCUCCUUAACAAUAACUUUAUCAUUUUAAAUCUUAACUUAUUUCACAUGGAAAAACUAAUACUUGGUGUGAAAAAGGCUGCACACAAUAAAAUUACAUUAUUAUCCAUGAGAAUGAACUCA